AUGGCUGCAAAUCAAUGCCCAUCUACUCGUCUUCCCAGAAUGAAAGAACAUGCCCUCAUCGGCGAUGCUACGAAAAUUCCCGUCAUCGAUGCAACCCCCGUUAUCUCGAUGAGCCCGAUUGUUCUACCAGCACCAGACCGUAUCAUCGAUUUACACAUGAAAAUUUCUGCGCCUGCAACGGGAACUAACUUACCAAUCAUUCUCCUUUCUCACGGUCAAGGCAGAUCAAACUACCUGUCCUCACUCGACGGAUACGGUCCCAUCGCCAAUUUUUGGGCGUCCCAUGGCUUCGUCGUGAUUCAGCCUACUCAUCUCAGCUCUAUGUCCCUGAGGCUUAGUGAUGAUGCUGUCCAUGGAGAUGGCCCGAUGUUCUGGCGCUCUCGUGCUCAGGAUAUGAAGCAUAUCCUUGACCAUUUCGACGAAAUCGAGGCCGCUUUCCCCCAGAUUCAGGGACGCCUGGACCACAAUCGCGUCGCUGUUGCUGGUCACUCUAUGGGUGGUCAAACAGCCAGUCUGCUCAUGGGUGCGCGUACUCGUGAUUCCGCCACAGAUUCUCUCGUUGAUGCCUUUGAGCCCCGCAUCAAGGCGGGUAUAUUGCUCGCUGCUCCGGGUGAUGGAGGCGACGGCGUUAGCCAACGUGUGAAAGACAAUUGGACAUUCCUCGCGGAACAUAGCCACGCCGAGAUGAGAACACCAGCCCUUGUUGUCAUUGGAGAAAAUGACGGCGCACCCUUUUUGACCACGCGAGGUGCAGCAUACCAUGCAGAUGCGUAUCAUAGAAGCAAGGGCCCAAAGUCUCUGCUCACAAUCGCCGGAGGAUAUCACGGUGUAGGCGGUGUUUCUGGUUAUGAUUCAAAUGAAGCCACUGAUGAUGAGAGCCCGGAGCGAUUGGGCGUGACUCAGAGGCUCACUUGGGCUUAUCUUCGCAGUCAAUUAUAUCCUGGAGAUCCAGCUUGGUCGGUUUCUUGCAAUGCCCUGUCGAAGCUUCCAAAUCUGGGAACAGUCGAAAGCAAGUUGUGA